CCUCUCCACCACUAUAAAAACAGCGCCGCGUCAUUGUCUUCGUCCAAAAUUGAACCGGAGAACACGCUAGAGAUUUCUUACGCUCAUUCGGGAGAUUUAUUGGCGCAUUUCUUUUUCUCUUCAGGUCACCGCCUUCCCCUGUUUCUACCAUUGUCUUAUUUUCCGAACUGACUGGUCGAUAUGGCUGAGGAAGGUCACAAGGUUGUCUUGAAUGUUUAUGACUUAAGCCAAGGCCUAGCCCGACAACUCUCACAAACAUUCUUGGGGAAGUCUAUUGAAGGCAUCUGGCACACUGGAGUGGUGGUAUACGGUCAAGAAUACUAUUUUGGGGGUGGCAUUCAAAGCACCGCAGCUGGAACUACUCCAUACGGAACUCCACUCCGAACAGUGGAUCUUGGUGUGACACACGUGCCUAAAGAUGUAUUCGAAAUAUACCUACAGGAGAUCGAGCCCCGCUACACAGCUGAAACAUACAGUCUCUUGACCCAUAAUUGCAACAACUUCAGCAACGAGAUCGCUCAAUUUCUGGUUGGCGCUACCAUACCCGACUACAUCUUGAAUCUCCCUAACGAAGUAAUGAGCAGCCCCAUGGGUGCCCUCAUGUUGCCUAUGAUACAGCAGCUAGAGGGCACUCUAAGAUCGGGCGCAGCUCCACAGGCGCCCCAAUUCAGCGCAUCCGCAGUUUCUAAUUCCAUUCAUACCGCGACCGUAACUAAAUCAGCUGAAUCUAAAAAGGACACCAAAUCAACAGCGCAAUCUACAAGAAACGCCGAGCCACAACAAUCCGAGAAAAGUUCCACUCCCCCGUCUAACGGGGCGAAAGAGAACCAAACUAACAACAUCGUCCAUACAGAUCCACUAGGAAAUGCACGAAACCAAGUUCAAGAAGAGAUCAGCAAAGAAUUUGCCGCAAUCAUGGCGUCUGGCACAUUACGCGCCAGCGAAGCCGCAGCUUUAGCGACGAAAAGGGUCAUGCAAAGACACGGCCACAUGAAUACGGCGCAGAGUUAGUUAGGCAUUUGUUAUAUUAUUACAUUAUCGAAUCAUUUUUCCGAGCCAAGUGUAAUCGACUUUUCUUAUUAUGAAGGGAUAUUAAUGCAUGUAAAACCAA